CCGACCGCCUUGGGGGUAAAUCCUGACGUUUUUAAUCGGCGCGUCUCGAAAGUCUGCACCCCGACACCGACCAGUGCAAGGCGAAAGAAUCUCUAGCCUACGGUGUUCCAAUCUGCCGCUUCUUUCAAUAUUAAUUCAUCAAAAAGAACAAAAGCGAUCGGGUCAAAAAAACAUAGCAGAAAUGUCCGAGAACGACUUGCAGGCAAAACUGCAGGAGCGACUCCGCGAGUCUGCAAAGGCUUUCGAUGGGCUUUUGUCCCUCAUCCCAGCUCAGAUCUACUAUGGUGACCAACAACAAAACGACCAAUGGAAGAGGAAAAAACACACCAAGGCUGAGAAGAAGGCCGCAAAGCUUGGCAAGCUCGACCCCGACAGCGAAAAGAACCGCACCGUCCAGGAAGUACUGGAAGAGAGGGCACGCAGCAAGCGCAAGCUGGAGGAUGUCGAAAGCCCAGAUGAGGAUGAAGCGGAGCAGGACGGAGAUGACAUAAGUUUGAACCUCGAAGGCAUUGAGAUGGAGCAACCACUCAAGAGGCAGAAGACUGUCGAUAGCGAGGAGGAAGAGGAGGAACAAGAGGCACCCGCGGCUGAGGAUGUGGAAGCUGUGGCCGAUGAAGAUGACCCCAAGGAUAUUUCGAAUCUUUCUGCCAAAGAUCAGAAGAAGCUCCUCAAGAGGCAAAAGAAGCUGGAGAAGAAGGCUGCCAAGACCAAAAAGUCUAAAGACGCUACCGACGAAGAUGCCGAGCCUACACCAACACCCAAGAAGGCCUCUGAAGCUGCUGAGGCUGAAACGCCUCGUCCGACUACCGAGGAAGACGACCGCAAACCAGCGCCUGACAGUGAGCUGGCUCCUAUCGAUCUUGCUGGACUUGAGACGAACGACGGAGAGGGUCAGUCCGAUGCAUCAUCAGCGGAGUCCAAAUCAACCUCUCCAGUAUUUGACAACGAUUCACAACCAAAUAAUGGAUCCGUGGAGCCCGCCAGCGCUGCAACUUCUAUCGCUUCAGCCGCACCAUCAGAAAAGACCAAGCCCGCAAAGCUACCAUCAAGCACAUCUGAUGCUUUCAAGGCCCGUCUUGCCGCCCGGAUCGAGGAGCUUCGUAAGGCUCGCAAGGCUGACGGCGCCGAAGGAAAGCCUGCCAUGACGCGUCAGGAGCUGAUCGAGUCCCGGCGUCAGAAGCAGGCGCAGCGCAAGGCUCACAAGCAGGAAGUGCGCAGGUUGGCAAAGGAGGAAGCCGACCGUAAGCGUGAGGAGGCCCUGGCCAGCGCACGGACUUCGCCGGGAAGCUUCAUGAGCCCUCUGCGUCUGGGAGGAUCUGACGCGGGCUCCGACUCGGGCGCCAACAACUUUGCCUUUGGCCGUAUUGCCUUUGCGGAUGGUCAGCAGAUGGCUCACGACCUCAGCUACGUCAAGGAUGAGAAGAAGAAGAAGGGCCCGUCGGACCCCAAGACGGCUUUAGCCAAGCUCGAGGCGCAGAAGAAGCGUUUGGCAGGUCUGGACGAAGAUAAGCGCAAGGAAGUUCUCGAGAAGGAGACUUGGCUGGCCGCCAGGCGUCGGGCAGAGGGCGAAAAGAUCCGGGACGAUGAGACGUUACUCCGCAAGGCGGUCAAGCGCAAGGAGCAGGCCAAGAAGAAGAGCGAGCGCGAGUGGGGUGAGCGCAAGGCCGGCGUCGAGAAGGCCAUUCGGGAGCGGCAGAAGAAGCGCGAGGACAACCUGCGCAAGCGCCGCGACGAGAAGGCUGCCGGAAAGAUGGGCAAGAAGAAGGGCGGACCGACUAGGCCCGGUGGCGGCGGCAAGAGGGCCCGCCCUGGUUUUGAAGGUGCUGGUUUCGGCGGCAGCAAGAGGAAGUGAAUGGCUAAAACGUGAAAAUUUUCUUAUUCUACAUCAUGUGUCAUUGUUCAAAGAUAUUCUUUUGUCAGGCGCAGGCGGAGUUUGUUGGCGUUUGGCGUCUUGGGGGGCGCCAUGGAUUCACUCUCUUGUGAACUCUAUCUCAUAUUCACGCGAGUCUCUCUUUGGCCGCAUUGGAUCGUCAUCGAAAUAGCAUUUGCAGUGGUUCGAGGGGGAAGGUGGGGGAAAAAAAUUAUCUUCUUUUAUAAAAACGAAUACAUUAACAGGA